UUGGUUACUACUACUAUUUAACUUUGUUGUUUUUUUGGCUGCAUAUUAAUCACGAUAACAUAACGAUGAUUAUCGAAAUCAAAUAUACAAAUCGAGAAAUAAGAAAAAAAAUAGAAUUAUAUCUCCUAAAAUCAGAAAAGUAUAACUAAUGUAUUUAAUAGGUUAAAAAAAAAUUAUCGACACUUUCCGUAAAUGGAAUUAUUUGUUUUGUAUCAAUGCGUGUAUUUGUGUUAGAGAUAGAGAGGCUAAUUUUUGUGCAUGGAAUAAAUCAAUCUUUUGGAUUUGGGUAUUAUUGCACAACUCUGACUGAGGAUAGAGGAGUGAAGAAGGAAACAUGGGAAGCAGCACGGGCGAUCUUGUGACACGUGUCCAAUCAGCUCAUCUGUUCGAUCACGAUGCUUUGUUUCGUUUCGCCGCCGACAACGUCUCCGGUUUUCCGACCAACCCAUCUCAAUUCAAAGUCUCACAGUUCGGACAUGGGCAGUCGAAUCCGACGUUUCUGAUUGAGGUUGGCUCAGGGAGUUCCUUGAAACGAUACGUUUUGAGGAAGAAGCCUCCUGGGAAGCUCCUUCAAUCUGCUCAUGCUGUUGAAAGGGAGUUUCAGGUGCUUCGGGCUUUAGGUGAACAUACACAGGUUCCUGUUCCUAAAGUCUUCUGCUUAUGCACUGACCCUACUGUUAUUGGGACUGCCUUUUACAUUAUGGAGUUUAUGGAAGGACGUAUCUUCAUAGACCCUAAGUUACCGAAUGUAGCACCUGAAAGGAGAAGUGCGCUCUAUCGUGCAACUGCCAAAGCCUUAGCAUCUCUUCACUCUGCUGAUGUGGAUGCCAUUGGUCUUGAGAACUAUGGUCGGCGAGGCAAUUACUGCAAAAGACAGAUUGAUAGGUGGUUCAAACAAUAUUUGGCUUCAACAAGUGAAGGUAAACCUGAAAGGAAUCCAAAGAUGUUUGAGCUUGUUGAUUGGUUGCGCAAAAGCAUCCCCGCGGAAGAUUCAACAGGUGCAACAUCAGGCCUUGCUCACGGAGACUUCCGCAUUGACAAUCUCGUGUUUCAUCCUUCUGAGGAUCGAGUUAUUGGAAUAAUUGACUGGGAAUUGUCCACGCUUGGGAACCAAAUGUGUGAUGUUGCAUACAGCUGUAUGCAUUACAUCGUAAAUGUUCAGCUUGAUAACGAGCACGUUAGUGAAGGUCUUGAAACUGCUGGACUACCGGAAGGAAUGCUUUCAAUGCCAGAAUUUCUCAUAGAGUACUGUUCUGCAUCGGGAAAACCAUGGCCUGCUGCAAACUGGAAGUUCUACGUAGCGUUCUCUAUGUUUCGGGCUGCUUCUAUCUACACAGGGGUGUACAACAGAUGGUUAAUGGGGAAUGCUUCUGCCGGUGAACGAGCUCGAAAUACAGGAGCUCAAGCUAAUGAGCUUGUAGAGUCUGCCUUGGGUUAUAUUGCACGUGACAAUGUUCUUCCAGAACACCCUCCAUCUGUUCAAAGAGACAUGUCCCCGUCAUAUGAAAGCCUUGUAGAUGGAAGCGGGAGAUUCAUCCCUAACAGAAAAGUAUUGGAGUUAAGGCAUAAGUUGAUCAAGUUUAUGGAAACUCACAUUUACCCAAUGGAAAACGAGUUUUCCAAACUUGCUCAAUCAGAUAUGAGAUGGACCAUUCACCCCGAGGAGGAAAAGCUAAAGGAAAUGGCAAAGAGAGAAGGCCUGUGGAACUUAUUUGUUCCUGUAGAUAGUGCUGCUAGAGCUAGAAGAGAACUGGCGGCUACCGAGAAACAUAAUCUCUCGAGCAAGUCUUUUGAUCAAUUGUUUGGUGAGGGCCUCACGAACCUGGAGUAUGGUUACCUUUGUGAGAUCAUGGGUCGUUCUGUUUGGGCUCCACAGGUGUUUAACUGUGGUGCACCAGAUACUGGAAACAUGGAGGUGAUACUGCGGUAUGGAAACAAAGAACAAAUUUCUGAAUGGCUUAUUCCGUUACUUGAGGGAAAAAUUCGUUCUGGAUUUGCUAUGACUGAGCCACAAGUUGCAUCUUCUGAUGCAACCAAUAUUGAGUGCUCUAUUCAAAGACAAGGUGAUUCAUACGUCAUUAAUGGCACAAAAUGGUGGACAAGUGGAGCCAUGGAUCCCAGAUGCAGAGUCCUUAUUCUCAUGGGCAAAACUGAUUUCAGCGCCCCAAAACAUAAGCAGCAGUCUAUGAUAUUAGUGGACAUGCAAACUCCAGGUAUACGUGUGAAGAGGCCUCUCACAGUGUUUGGUUUUGAUGACGCACCUCAUGGACAUGCUGAAAUUUCUUUCGAAAAUGUGGUUGUCCCGGCAAAGAACAUUCUCCUGGGAGAAGGCCGUGGAUUCGAGAUUGCUCAGGGUAGGUUAGGCCCUGGAAGAUUGCACCACUGCAUGAGACUGAUAGGUGCAGCAGAGCGUGGGAUGGAGCUAAUGGCCCAGAGAGCUCUUAGUAGGAAAACUUUUGGGAAGUUCAUUGCACAGCAUGGUUCUUUUGUCUCUGAUCUUGCAAAGUUGAGAGUAGAGCUUGAAGGAACUCGAUUGUUGGUUCUUGAAGCUGCUGAUCAUCUCGAUAAGUUUGGAAACAAAAAAGCUAGAGGAAUUCUCGCAAUGGCCAAGGUUGCAGCUCCAAACAUGGCGUUAAAGGUACUGGACACGGCAAUACAAGUUCAUGGAGCAGCCGGAGUAUCCUCGGACACAGUUUUAGCGCAUCUGUGGGCUACGGCUAGAACACUGAGGAUUGCUGAUGGACCUGAUGAGGUUCAUCUUGGGACCAUUGGCAAGUUAGAACUACAGAGAGCUUCAAAGCUUUAAAGUUUUUACAGAUCUACGAAUUCGAUUCUCGGAAUAAGAAUCAGAUGAGUCUUAUUUUGCUUAGAUAAUAUAAUAAAGCUGUUAUUAGGUCUUUUUAUUAAAUCUGAAUAAGUUUAUACAAGAUCUUCUCAUCUGUUUCAUAUUGUUUAUACUUAAAAAUGAUGAUUUGCAUUGUGACAUUUCACAGCGAAAGGAACUUAACCCUUAUGAGAUUC